AUGCGUAUCACUUGCUCUUUCCCGAAGAACGACACCGUCAAAGCGGCUUGUUGCUACAAUGACUCUAUACCAAACCAACUGUCUCAGUUCAACCUUACGCAGGACAUAGCCUCGUUCUGUGUAGUGAACGACGAUCUCGAUUACGUCGUCAACUGUGUGGCCGAGCACGAUAUUAGCAUAGACGAAUGCCAUAUCGAGGGCGUCCAGGCCGCCAGCACGACCGGCGACAAAGAUUCUUCUUGGGCGCCUGCGCCGUCUCGUCCCAAACGUCUGGGACUACUCGUGACCUCUCUCUUGGGUCUCACCCUGCUGAUGGGUGUCUCAGCUGCCGAUUCGAACUUCACAAUCUGCAAAACAUUCACCGCCAGUGAUACAGCCGACUGGGACUUCAACGCUCGCACGGAAGCGAAGUUGCUGAGCUCCUCGUACACCGACUGUCGCGGUUCGCAUCAGACAUGCUCAGUCACGGAUGACGUCCCUGUAUCUUGGAGCGUCGCUUGGUCAAGUCCUCCGGGGGUAGAGGUGCGCGCUGAUGUUCACCCUCUGAUCAACAUGAUCCAGGAGGCAAACGAUACGCAGAAGUAUGGCGAGAACGUCAGCUGGCCGGAAAUCCCGAAUCACAAGGUUUGGAUGUUCCCUCACACUGCUGUAGUCGCUAUGGAGGGAUCUGCGGCCGCGACUCGGGUUCCGGGAACUUUCAGCGACUGUGACAACAAGAAUACGUACCAGGGGUCGGCCCUGGUUCCCCGCGCCGAUGACUUUUGGGCCAAAGCCGUACAGGAUAUAUAG